UAAAUGCUCUAUCUCCAUUCUUAAAAGCAACUCAGUCUCAUCACUGCAAUUCCACUCCAGAGAGAAAACAAGCUUAGCUAGAGAGACACAGAUUUUAGAGAGAGAAAGUUGUAGAGAGAUAAAAUGUCGAAGGAUUUGAGCGAAGGAGCAUCCGAUCAACACGGCGGCCGGAAGCAGGACUACGUCGACCCACCACCGGCACCGCUGAUCGACAUGGCGGAGCUGAAGACGUGGUCCUUCUACAGAGCCCUGAUCGCCGAGUUCAUCGCCACCCUCCUCUUCCUCUACGUCACCGUGGCCACCGUCAUCGGCCACAAGAAGCAGAGCGGCCCAUGCGACGGCGUCGGCCUCCUCGGCAUCGCUUGGGCCUUCGGCGGCAUGAUCUUCAUCCUCGUCUACUGCACCGCGGGCAUCUCCGGUGGUCAUAUAAAUCCGGCGGUGACAUUUGGGUUGUUCUUGGCGAGGAAGGUGUCCCUGACAAGGGCAGUGGCUUACAUGGUAGCACAGAGUUUGGGUGCUAUCUGCGGUGUAGGGUUAGUGAAGGCUUUUAUGAAACACUCCUACAACUCACUGGGCGGUGGCGCGAACUCGAUUUCUACAGGAUACAACAAGGGCACUGCCCUUGGUGCUGAGAUUAUUGGUACUUUUGUCCUUGUCUACACCGUCUUCUCAGCUACUGACCCUAAGAGGAGCGCACGUGACUCUCACGUGCCUGUCUUGGCUCCUCUACCUAUUGGAUUUGCUGUUUUUGUGGUUCAUUUGGCCACCAUCCCCAUCACUGGAACUGGAAUCAAUCCUGCUAGGAGCUUUGGUGCAGCUGUCAUCUACAACAACGACAAAGUUUGGGAUGAACACUGGAUUUUCUGGGUUGGACCGUUUGUGGGAGCUUUGGCGGCGGCUGCAUAUCACCAGUACAUCUUGAGAGCUGCAGCUCUCAAGGCUUUGGGAUCCUUCCGCAGCAACCCCACCAACUAAGCCACAAGAGAUCUGUCAAAAAAUUUCUUUUUAUCUAUUUGUUGGCCUUUGUGUGUAUGAUGACAUCUUGUUCAUGAGCUCUCUCUUCUCUUUUUAUUUUUUUAUUUUUAAUUUUAUGUUCUCACAUAGUUUGGUUUCUGUUGUUAAUUAGGGGUUUGUUGUGUAUUUAUUUGGUCCCACUAGUGUUUGUGUUAAUUUAUUUCA